UAUGAUGGUUUUUAAUUUAAAACAUUGAAAUUAAAAACGAAAGUUAAAAUUAUGCAUUUAUCGAUUAUUUCGUAGUCUAACAAAAAAAUUUGAGAGUGGUAUGAAUGUUCCAAACAUUUCAAUGGGUUGACCGGUUGACGUGUAUGUAGAAAGCCAUACUGCAGCUGUUUUGUAGCAACAAAGUUGUGGUUAAGAUGGGUUCAGAUAAAAGUGCAGAAAAUCUUGUAAUAAAAGUGAACAAAUGGGACGGUGGUGCAGUGAAGAAUGCAUUGGAUGAUGCAGUUAAAGAUGUACUCACAAAAAAAUAUAAUUACAUAGAAAACUUUGCUCUACUUGAUGGAAGAUUAGCCCUUUGUGGUAUAGCUGUAACAGUUGCUAUUGUUGCUCUUCUCUGUGAUUAUCUCUAUCCUUUCCCAGCAUCUAAACCAGUUUUAAUUGCGUGUGUUUCAUUAUAUUUCUUCUUAAUGGGACUUUUAACAUUGUAUACAACAUAUAAAGAAAAGGGUAUAUUUGUAGUUGCUAUUCAAAGAGAUCCAGCAGGUUUUAAUCCAGAUCUUGUUUGGGAAGCAAGUUCAUACUUAAAAAAACAUGAUGAUAAGUAUAAUCUUGUACUGUCUGUUAGGAAUACAGCAACAGCACAGGUAUAUGAGACCAGUACUACAAAGUCUGUUGCAAAUUUCAUUGAUGUAAAUGGUGUUGUUAUCCCAGAAUUAAUAGAAAAUGUUGUAACAACUAUGCAUGAUAGUUUAAUCAGUCAACGAAAAGAUAAGUAACAAAGAUGACAGAACUAUUUAAACGUGAUUGUUACUUUUUUGCAAUGUCCAGCAACAAAUCGGUUUUUUUAUAUUCCUCAUAUUUAGUAUAAAUAUGUGGUGAAAAUAAAAAUCCAGUAAUCCAAAAUACCGUAUGUAUUGUAAUUUACGUUUAAAUACAAUAAAAAACAAA